GACAGAGCUGCUGGAGGCUGCAGAUGGGAGGUUAGCAGGAGACCUCAGUGUCCUCAGUCAGUCAGCAAUGAGUUAACACCGUGUGUGUGGUGGUAGGUGGAGUUUCACACUUUCAUGCAUAGGUGUGCCUGAAGCCCUACUGAGAGAAGCACACACUGCAAGGUGAGGGGAGACCCGAAGAGCUUGGCAAAGUUUUCCCCUAGCACAGAACCAGCGCCGGGCCCAGGAUGCUGGUCAAAGAGUACCGGAUCUGCAUGCCGCUGACAGUGGACGAGUACAGAAUCGGACAACUGUACAUGAUCAGCAAACACAGCCAUGAGCAGAGUUCUGAUGGAGAAGGGGUGGAGGUGAUCAUCAAUGAACCUUAUGAAGAUCCCAUUCAUGGCAAAGGGCAAUACACGGAGAAGAGACUCUACCUAAACAGCAAACUGCCAACGUGGGUGAGAGGAUUUGUUCCAAAGAUAUUCUACAUUACAGAAAAGGCUUGGAACUACUAUCCUUAUACUGUAACAGAAUACACAUGCUCUUUCCUGCCAAAAUUUCAAAUCCGAAUAGAGACCAAGUUUGAAAAUAACAAUGGUUGCAAUGCACAGGUAUUUGGUGAAAAACCAACUCCAGAAGAUGAUGUAUGUUUUAUUGAUAUAGCUGAGGACGAACUUCCAGAAGGUUAUUACAAAAAAUCAGAGGACCUCAGAACUUUCCGUUCAGAAAAGACUGGUCGAGGGCCAUUAUUGCAGGAUUGGCAUGAAACCACAAAGCCCAUUAUGUGCUCUUAUAAAUUAGUAGCAGCUAAAUUUGAAGUGUACGGAUUUCAGUCAAGAGUAGAAAGCUUUAUUCAUAAGAACAUCAAAGACAUUUUGCUUGCUGGCCACAGACAAGCUGUGGCAUGGAUGGAUGAAUGGUAUGGUAUGUCACUGGAAGAUGUUCGAAAGUUUGAGAAAAAGCUUCAGGAGGAAACCAACUGUAAAGUCAAUUCUCAGAAAAAGAAUGCAGAUUCAAAGAGUGAAAACUUGCUAAACAUUGGUGGAGGAAAGCAUUCAAUUAACAGAUCAACCUCCUGGAAUAAUGGGACAGAGGCAGGCCCCUAUGCAUCAACCAAUGGAACUGCAGAAUCCAAGCCCCGACCAAGGCUGCCUUCAGCUCCGGAAUAAUAUUUAGAGAUAAUGAGAUCUUCAGCUAUAGCAUAGGACAUUGUCUGAACAAGUCCUGGAAGAUGUUACUGGGGUUUUCUGAACAACCCAAUUACUAUAUACUUUGUGGGAUGAGGAGGUCACCUUGAUCUCCAUCAUGUUUACCUUUGAUUAGUAAGAUGCAGAAAAAGGCUAAGACUUGAACUUGUUCUUGUACGAUUGCGGCACACAGCAUAAACUUGUUAAUAUAACAUAUAGAGGAGACUUUAAUCUACUUUAAGAUGUUUAUAACAGGGAAAUGUUGUAAUGGGUGCAGGAGAAAUAACUGAAAUAGGCACAAGAACUUACACAUUGAACACAUCACCACCACCCAGAAGUUGCAGAAAAAUCAUUUUCAGUGACAGAUGAGAAACAACUUGUAAAUAUGUUUACUACAUGUAUAUUCUUUAUGUUGUACAGUGGAGGUAUGCAGGUCAUUUUAUCUACUAUUUUUUAAAUUCCUUUUUUCUUGGGCACAUAAAAUGUUCAGGCAACUUGCAUAGACCAGCAAGUAAAUGGUUAGUGUUGAGCGAAUCUUGAUUGAAGAAAACUCGCACCAGUGGUUAGCUGACGAUGUCACCACACGCACCCAGCGUGAUCACGUGGUGAUGUCAUCACACUCGCCGCAGGUCUAUGGCGGGUUUUCUUCAACCAAGAUGGGAACAGACAGCCUCUCCAAGAUCAACUGGAUAAGGUGAGUAGAAUUUUUUUUUUUUAACCCCUGAUAAACCCCCUAGCAACUGAAUGUCACAGAUGCCGUAAUCAGCGGCAUCUCAGGGGUUAAAUAACAAAAACUCAUAGUGAAAAAUAUAGAGUAAAACUAAUUAACAUAGCUAAUCACAUUCUUUUCCCCACCUACUUUUCAAAACUCAAGUGGGUGGUGUAAAAAUGCAAAAAGUCACACAUUUGCACAAAUUAGCCCAAAUAAAGUGGUAAAAGCCCUAUUUUGUGACUUUUUGAAGCUAGAAUUUUGGAGUGCAGGUUGUGAUAAAUUCCCUCCAUUGAGUUUUUGUAUAUGUAAAACUUUUGCUGAAAUAAAGGUAGAAGAAGUCACUCUUCCAUUAUUCAGGUAGAUGAACUCAAGCAGGACAUGAGGAAUGUUUAACAGGUUGGACAGGCCCUGGUAGUGUGAUAGAUAAAUGUGCUGAUUUCCAAUGAUGUACAGUACUUAUAUCUGGUGGAGAAAAACGAAAAAAGAGCUGAGAGUUUUUUAUUUUUAUUUUUUAGAUAUGAUAAUGUAAAAUAUGUUUUCUUGGUCUGGCUGUCGUUGAUUUAUUCCUUUUGGUGGGACAAGCUGUUAAUUGUGGAGAACUUUAGGAAAGUGGUAACUAUAUAUCACUUCUAAUUGUACUGUUCGCUAUACUUAGAGCUGUUCUUUUGUCCUAGAAAUUGUAUUCACCCUUCUAUAUUUUGUGCUUUAAAUGGUACUGUGUAGUAAAAUGAUACCGCACAAGUGACUUUUACUUUAUGCUGACAAUUGUGCAUUGAGGAUAUCUAAAACAGUCUAAACAUUUAUAUUUUAAAGUUUUCAUACAGUAAUUCCAUUGCCAAGGUUAAGUUCAAUAUCCCAAAGCUAAAUCCUAGUUUAGCUUAGGUCCAGCAAUGUAGAUAUCUCAGGGUUUCUUUGUGCCUGCUUGUUCUGCAUCAUGACAGCUUCAGUGCCUGCUUGCCAAGAACUGUCCAGUCACCUUUAUGAAGAAUAAUCCAUCAGCUAGGUCAUUUGUCUUGGUAAGGAAAUAGCUCUUUAUAUGAAAGGGUAUUUAUGACACCUUUCGAUACAGGUACUUUGUGUCAUGCCAACAUUUCCCUAAAAUGGUCCAAGUCUAUAUGCAAUAAGAAUAAAAUGAAUUUUAUACUGUUAAAAAUCUCCUCCAGUCCUAACCACUAAUCUCUUCCAACCUUCACUGGCCUAUGUAGACACUAGAUGUGACUGUGACCUUCUAGAUUAUAACUGCAGAUCACAUUGAUCGAAUUGAACAUUGUAUUGUCCCAUAUCAGUGACUGCAAGAUGCAUGGACGUGUUGUCAUGUCACUGAGGACACAAUGUCAAUGAGGCCUAGCAAAUACACAAGCCAAAUGAGGACCUCAGGUGAGCAGUGGUGUGGGACCAGAGAAGAAUUUCAAGAAUAAUAGUAAAGCUGGUGUUUUCAAUAAAUCAGGUGAUUUAGUUAAAAUUCUUUGGGGCAGAUUUAUCAAACCUGGUGUAAAGGAAAACUGACUUAGUUGCCUAGAGCAACCAAUCAGAUUCCACCUUUGUUUUUGUAAAGGAGCCCUGAAAAAUGAAAGGUGGAAUCUGAUUGGUUGCUUUGGUAACUAUGCCAUUUGUCCUUUAAACCAGGUUUGAUAAAUUUUCAAAUUUAUGUUUUAAAUGAAGAAAAAUAUAGAUAGCUUUUAGGACAGAUGCAACAAAUGUGAAGUGUUCAAAUAUAAGCAGUUAUUUGGAUUAUUACUUUUUUUAGUCUUAAUUUUGCUUGUAUAUAAAAUGAAAGAACACCAAGUGUAUGUACUAACUCCCUGGUCAACCGCAGAUGUGUAUCACGUGUUUAGCUAAUUUUCUUCUCCUGUGCAUCUACUGACCAGUUUUGGUGACGUGCCUGAACUUUAUCAGUCUGCUUAUGUGAAAGAUAUUAUAUUUACUAUUUGAGGUAUUUUUCAAGCACUGUGUACUGUACAGAAUAUUUUGCACAUAUCUUAAUAAAUCAUAAAGUGAACUAUUUUUCACUA